CUCCUCUCUCUCUAUAUAUUAUGUGUCAAGUAUAUAUCCAAUAAUCCAUAUGAACCCCUCACUCUCACCACCUUUUGUUUAUUUCAUAAAAUCCUCAAAACCCAACAAGCUAGAAAGAGAAAGGAUGGCACAAAUAUGGCUUCUUUGGUGCCCCAAAAACAGCUGCACCGCCAAAGGCGGGGGUGCCACGGGUAGGAGCAGCGCCAGCAGUAAAACGUCAGGGGUCAAAAAUGGGUGUUGUUGCAGAGUUCUAGUAAAGAUUUUGAGGAAGGUGAAGAAACAGAGCAAAGAGAUGGUACGCAGUGCAGGAGCAAGUAGGCAAAGUUCAUUCCAGUGUCGGUAUGACCCCUUGAGCUAUUCUCUCAACUUCGAUAGAAGCGGUUGUGGGAGCGCUGUAGAUGAUGAUGAUUACUAUCAGAUGUAUGCUUUCUCUUCAAGGUUUGCGGCCAACCCGAGAAGAACCCCUCUUGCUGCUUCUCAUACUCAAUCUGCCAUUGCUUCUACUUAAUAAUAAUUUUUAUUUUCUUUUGUUUUAUAAUCAUCAUUGUUAUUAUUAUUUCAAUAUUGUUCAUGAUCAAAGGGAUAGUGAUUACAAAGUUGCAUCUAAUUAAUAUGUUAGUUUUAAUUAAUGUA